AUGCCUAGUCAAGAUCUUGUAACCACGAAAGUGGUGGUCCAUCCGCUUGUUCUUCUCAGUGUGGUUGACCAUUUCAACCGAAUGGGUAAAAUCGGCAAUCAAAAGCGGGUUGUUGGUGUUCUUCUCGGCUGCUGGAGGGCUAAAGGCGUUUUGGAUGUAUCAAACAGUUUCGCUGUUCCAUUUGAUGAAGAUGAUAAAGACAAAUCAGUGUGGUUCCUCGACCACGAUUACUUGGAGAACAUGUAUGGUAUGUUCAAGAAAGUUAAUGCCCGAGAAAAGGUAGUUGGUUGGUACCACACAGGACCUAAAUUGCAUCAAAAUGAUGUUGCCAUCAAUGAAUUAAUAAGACGUUACUGUCCAAAUUCAGUGCUCGUAAUUAUUGAUGCUAAACCAAAAGAUUUAGGCUUACCAACUGAAGCCUAUCAGGCUGUUGAGGAAGUCCAUGACGAUGGCAGCCCUACCACCAGAACAUUUGAACAUGUACCAAGUGAAAUUGGUGCCGAAGAAGCUGAGGAGGUCGGUGUUGAACAUCUAUUGAGAGACAUCAAGGAUACAACAGUCGGCAGUCUCUCCCAGCGUAUAACAAACCAAUUGCUUGGACUAAGAGGAUUACACUCUCAGCUUAGUGAAAUAAGAGAUUAUCUGAUCCAAGUAAAUCAAGGAUCCUUACCAAUGAACCACCAAAUCAUUUACCAGCUCCAAGACAUUUUCAACCUCCUCCCAGAUAUAUUCAGUGACAAUUUUGCUGAUAAUCUCUAUAUUAAAACCAACGAUCAAUCUCUGGUUGUUUAUCUGGCUGCUCUAGUGAGAUCUAUUAUAGCAUUACACAACCUCAUUAAUAACAAAAUAACAAACAGAGAUGCCGAGGAAGGCAAGAAAGAGGAAUCCAAAGACAAGAAAGAAAAAAAAGAUGACAAAGAAGACAAGAAGACCGACGAUAAAGCAAAAGAUAAGAAAGAUAAGGAUGAAAAGAAAAAAUAA